AUGCCUUUGGUUGAGUUGAGUGAGACCGCUUUGAGCCUGCAGUUUCUUGCACUUGAGGAGGGUCCGCAUUUCCUGGUCCGUAUCAAGGGACGCACUAAGGGUAUGCUUAUAGCAGGACGUGGAUUUGAGAUUCCUUGCAUAGCUGUGACUGGAAUUUCAAGAUUGAAGCCUGGAAGAUGGGUGCAGCGGUUAGGGCCAUUCAGGAAUGGGAAAUUGUUUCAACAGCAACUUGCCGUUCCAAGUUUGUUGGAGUUCAAAGAGGAUUUCUUUGAAAUUUUGAUUCGUGUACAAGAUUGCACUGAUUUAAUCAGUCCAGAUGUGGAUUUGCAGGAGAAGGCAGGAAUCCUGAGAACCCUUAGAAGAAAUUUGACCAGUCACGCUAUCAACAUGCAAGUCCCAGAAAUCUUACAAAUGCAGUAA